AUGAAUUGUAAAGAAACUGAAGAUGUAGAGACAGAUCUGUUUGAAGGAAUUGUUAUUGAUGCUGAGAAGAUUGUGGCCAAUCGCAGAGUAGAUAUGGGGAAUAGAGUGCAAGAGAAAGACGAGGAGAUGCCUGGAAGAUACAAGAGGCUGCAGGCGAUUCUUGGUGAAGGAUCAUUUAAGAAGGUCUACAAAGCGAUUGAUCAGGAGGAAGGGAAGGAGGUUGCUUGGAAUGAGAUAAAAAUGAGUGGAAGGGCAUGCGAUGGUAAGGAGCGGAUGCUAUUUGCAAAUGAGAUAGGACUGUUGAAGUCAAUUUCACAUCCAAAUAUCUUGAAGAUAUUUGACUACUGGUUCACAACAGAUAGUUUUAUAUUUAUUACUGAGCUGAUGAGUGGAGGAACGCUCAGACAAUAUAUAUCUGAGAUUGGCGAUCUGAAUGUGAAGCUGAUUAAGAAAUGGGGAAGACAUAUACUUGAAGGAUUGGUGUACAUGCAUAGCCAAGAUCCGCCGAUUAUACAUAGAGAUAUUAAAUGCGAGAAUAUCUUUGUGAAUGCAGCACUUGGGGAAGUGAAGAUUGGAGAUCUUGGUGUUGCAAAAGAGCGAAGGAUGAAGCGAUACACGGUCGUUGGGACGCCUCAGUUUAUGGCCAGGGAGAUGUUUGAAGGAGAGGGCUAUGGAGAGAAGAUUGAUGUGUAUGCGUUUGGAAUGUGCUUGAUUGAAAUGGCCACUGGGACGUAUCCUUAUAAGGAGUUCAACAGUGCAGCAGAGGUUUAUAAGGCGAUUAUACGAGGGGUGCCGCCUGUUGUGCUGAGCUCGAUCAAUGAUGUGUGUUUAAGAAACCUGAUUAUGAACUGCUUGGUGUCUGAGAAGGACCGACUGCGCAGUGUGGAUUGCUUAAGACACCACUUUUUCAGUGCAAACAAUACAUGUAAUGGAGAAUGCAUUCCGUCUGAGUGUAUGUCUGGAGUACCUCUUACGGCACCUGCAAGUGACAUGGAGAUAAGUUUUUUGUCAUUCAAGGAUGAGGUAAUUACAUUUCAGCUAUUUUUCAUGAGCAUGGCAAGAUUUAUUAAGUUUGACUAUGAUUUGAAUAAAGACACAGUUGAAGAUGUUGCAAAUGAGAUGCUUGAGGAGGAUGUGGUAUCUGAAGAACAAAGAGAAGCGCUUGUAACGCUACUUUCAAAAGGGAUUGAGAAGGCAAAGUCCAGAUACUUGGGGCAUGGAGGAGAGAGAAGCACUGAGAGGGAUGAUGAACGAACAGUUGAGGAGGGAAUCAAACAGAUGGAUUUUGAUGCUAUGAAGGAAAAGAGUGGGAUUAGGAACGACUUUAAUAAAAUAAGUGAUAGAGAAAUGAGCACUGAAGAUGCUGAAUCGAUGUCUGAAAUGGAAGUGAAGCCAAACGAAUGUGAAGGAAUUGAUAGAAAGGAAGAUCAGGGCUGUUCUGAGACAAGAGUUGGAAAUGCAUGCAAGUCGCCUCUUAACUCACCUGAGAUGCUUGGGAAUACGGAUGGAGGGAUAUCUGAUGAACAGCGAAGGAUUGCGAUUAUUAAGUGUUUUGAUGGACUUGAAUGUCCCAGUAAGAAGUAUGACAACGAUGUGUUGAUUGAGGAGUUUGCAAUUGAUGUGUCUGUGGCAACUAAGAGAUCGCCUGAGACAGCAGGUAACUGGAUAAAGGUGUUUAAGUCGAAUGACAUUGACACUGUCUUUGAGUUGAAGAUCCUUGUGGAUGAAGACUGGGACAAGCUUGACCUUACGGUGUUUUCUAGUAGAGCAAUGAAGAACAUUCUGUAUGGAAUUGAUAAGAUUCCACUACGUGAGAAGCAACUUCCGACAAGCACGGCUACUAAGGACUAUGAUGGAGAGAUGGGAAUCAGGGAAUUUCUUGAGGAGAUUGCGCAGCUAGUUGGAAAGGAGAAGUGUGUGUCUGUAUGGGAAAGUAAGCUUCUAGCUCAGGAUAUACGGACUGUCGAGGAGCUGAGGUCGUUGUAUCAAGACGAUUGGGAUAGGCUAGGGCUUUCUGUGUAUUCAUGCAGAGUUAUUAAGAAUGUUAUAUUCAAGAAGGGAAAGAUUGUGUGCUGCUGA